GGCCUUUCUUCGCACGUCUCUCUCUUUCUAAACUCUGUCAACAUGUCAGCAGCUCUAACUUGCUCUGCCGCCGACCUCUCCUCCCUGCUCGGUCCCAACGCCACCGCAGCAGCGGAAUACAUCUGCGGCCAACUAGGCACUGUUAACAACAGAUUCACCGAUGCAGCCUUUGCCAUAGACAACACCUACCUUCUCUUCUCAGCUUACCUCGUCUUCUCCAUGCAGCUAGGCUUCGCGAUGCUCUGUGCUGGCUCUGUUAGAGCCAAGAAUACGAUGAACAUCAUGCUCACCAAUGUCCUUGACGCUGCAGCCGGAGGACUCUUUUACUAUCUUUUUGGUUACGCCUUUGCCUUUGGCGGAUCGUCCGAAGGAUUCAUCGGAAGACACAACUUUGCUCUUAAAGACUUUCCAACUCUCACCUCCGACUACUCUUUCUUUCUUUACCAAUGGGCAUUCGCAAUAGCAGCUGCUGGAAUCACCAGUGGUUCCAUCGCUGAGAGGACUCAGUUUGUGGCUUACUUGAUAUACUCUUCUUUUUUAACCGGAUUUGUUUAUCCGGUUGUCUCUCAUUGGUUUUGGUCACCAGACGGAUGGGCCAGUCCCUUCCGAUCACCUGAACACCGUUUGUUUGGCACUGGAGCCAUAGAUUUUGCUGGCUCAGGUGUUGUUCACAUGGUUGGUGGCAUAGCGGGAUUAAUGGGUGCUCUUAUCGAAGGUCCUAGACGUGGCCGGUUCGAGAAAAGUGGUCGGGCUAUUGCUCUACGUGGCCACUCUGCUUCGCUUGUUGUCUUAGGGACGUUCCUCCUUUGGUUCGGUUGGUAUGGUUUCAACCCUGGCUCCUUCGCCAAGAUCCUCGUUCCUUAUGAGUCUGGUUCGAGCUACGGCCAAUGGAGCGGAAUAGGCAGGACAGCGGUUACAACCACGCUUGCUGGAUCCACCGCGGCUCUAACCACACUCUUCGGAAAACGCCUCCUCUCUGGCCAUUGGAAUGUAACCGACGUGUGCAACGGGUUGCUUGGUGGGUUCGCGGCCAUUACCGGGGGUUGCUCUGUGGUAGAGCCCUGGGCUGCGAUUGUCUGUGGUUUUGUGGCUGCCCUCGUCCUCAUCGGAUGCAAUAAGCUCGCAGAGAUGGUACAAUACGAUGAUCCCCUCGAGGCGGCCCAACUACACGGAGGAUGCGGCGCGUGGGGGCUAAUAUUCGUGGGACUUUUUGCAAAGGAGAAGUAUGUGAACGAGGUUUAUGGAGCGACACGUGGAAGGCCAUACGGACUGUUUAUGGGCGGAGGAGGUAAGCUGUUGGGAGCACAAUUUGUUCAAAUACUUGUGAUUGCAGGAUGGGUUAGUGCUACAAUGGGAACACUCUUCUUCAUCCUCAAGAAGCUUGACCUGCUUAGGAUCUCGGAGAAGGAUGAGAUGGCCGGUAUGGAUAUGACACGUCACGGUGGUUUUGCUUAUAUGUACUAUGAUAAUGACGACGAGUCUCACAGGGCCACUCAGCUCCAAAGAGUUGACCCUUGAUCUCCUUUACCCUCGCUCGGCUACUCAUUCUCGCGUUAAUUUUCAAGCUUCUCAUAAUUUAUAUCUUUUUAGUAUUUAUGGGGUUAUGUUAUAUGGUUUCAAAUGCAAACUUUGUUGAUA